AUGGCAACGGGAGCAGAGUCAGACAUCUGUAGAGGAAUAUCGAGAGCUGUGCACGAGAGUAACCCGCGCGCUGGCGAGCGCAACGCGUAUGUGAAAGCGUGCGUGUCCCCUCUGUAUCAGGACAGCGGUUGCCAGUGGUUCUGUCCGAACGCAAGCUGGAGGUGUGGUAAACUCUCGUCUGCGGCGUGCGUCGGCUCUGUGUCGUUUUGUCUUGCCUUGCUGCUUAAAUGUGUUGACUGGGAUGUGGAGCCCGGCUCCAGCUGUAACAGUGCUCUCCAGGCUGACUCGGGAUCUUCUUUUCUUUUCGUGAACAGAAGUGUGGUGGAGUUCUCCUUCGCCUUGUGGCAUCUGAUCGCACCUAUUUUCACCCUGGUGAGUGCCUUCUUCUGGGCCGGCCUGUACUUGAUCCGCUGCGGAGUGCUGGACCGAACCAUCGUUUUCCUGCUCACGCUGUGUCACUUGGGAGAAGCGGCGGCGCAGGCGUUCUUGCAUGGCUCGGACGAACAGCUGCUGCACUCUCUGACGGCUAGCGUGGUGGUGCUCGGCUGCUUGGCAAGCGGGGCACUCAUGGUGAUGCGACUGGGCCAGGGCAUCUCCGUCAUCGUCUUCAUCAGCAUCAUCAGAGCCGCCUCGCUUAUUUCCCUGCACAGAGUUCGCGCGAGCUGGAGACCCUACUUGGCGUACCUGGUAGGGGUUCUGGGAGUCCUGCUGGCGAGGUAUGCUGACAGGCUGCUUCCGAAUCAGGCAAGCCAACUGGAGGGCUGCACCUCCGUCACAGGGUCUAGAGAAGACAUUCUCGUCUUUAAAAGGCGCAGGAGAUCCAGCUCCGUCGUAUCAUCAGACAUGGCACAGCACGGCUUCGAGGCCAGCAGCAAGUCGCACAGGAGAACCUCCCUGCCAUGCAUCCGAAAAGACCAGUUCUCAGGCACCAGUGUGAUGGUGGACAUUGCAGUGAUGGGUGAAGCCCAUGGACUAAUCUCAGACCUUCUGGCUGACCCAUCACUGCCUCCAAACACCUGCAGCUCAUUGAGAGCUGUUAGUAAACUGCUCAAUACCCAACUCACCUUUCAGCCCCUGCACCACCGGUCUCGCAUCAACCCUCUGCUGGUUUCCACUGAUGGAUGCACUGACUUUGAGGAGGGUGAUAGACUGGCUAUCCCUAAGCACCGUUUGCGACGGAGUAUGCCUUCUGGGCCUCUUCGGCGCAUUUCCUCUUCCUGGACAACUACCACCUCUGCCACAGGGCUUCCCACCAUUGAGCCAAGCCUUGUCAGGCGAGACCACAGUUCCACCAUCAAACCCGUUCAUGACAAUCCCUCCAGCAGUAAUAUGGCGAACAGUCAUUUGUGGAACUCCUGUGUGUUGCUCACUGUCUCUGAUUGCAGGCCCAUGUCUGCCUCCCACAUCACCUCAGCCCCCAACUACCUCUACAACAAAGUUAGGCAAGGUUACCAUCCCUUCAGCAACUCACCCAUGGUCUCACCUUGCCACUCGCCUCCAGUCCAGGGAACCUCCGUGAACAUCCCCACCAAUAAGGUGCCCUCAAUGGACCUGUCUGAUUCUGGGGCCCUUCAGGGCUGUUACCUCUCACCAGGGACUUCUCACCGAGCCUUAACCUGCAACUCCCCCAGUUCCAGAACCUCACACUGGACUCUCCCAUUACUCUGUAGCAGCUGUGGAAGGCCAUAUAGCAAAAUGUUGCAUGGACAGGAUUCUCCAGAUAAAGCUGACAAAACACAACUAUCAGACGAUCCAGCUCUGGUGUCGUCUGACUGCGACAGUACCUAUGAAACAAAUCACAGUGACAGCAGUGAUUUUGCACAGACUGAGGAGGAUGGAGAGGCUCAAAGACAGUCCUACAACAACAUGCAGGAUCUUUGCAGGACAUUGCAAGCAGAGACCCUUCUUUUACAUCCUUUACUACCAUCAGAGAACAAACCUAUUCUAGCCCCUGAACCACUGGUCAUGGAGGGCCUGGGGCCUCUAAUGAGUCAGAUCAACAAUUGGAACUUCCCAAUAUUCAGCCUGGUGGAGAAAACUAAUGGGAAGUGUGGUCGCAUCCUAAGCCAGAUGUCUUACAGGCUAUUUGAAGAUACUGGUCUCUUUAAAAUGUUCCACAUCCCAGUGAAGGAAUUCAUGAAUUACUUCCAUGCCUUGGAGAAUGGUUACAGGGACAUCCCAUAUCACAACAGGAUCCAUGCAACAGAUGUCCUCCAUGCUGUCUGGUAUCUUACCACACAGCCUGUACCAGGCUUACCUUUGCUGGCUCACAACUCUAUAUCAGUCAGUGAUUCAGACGCUGUCAGUGGGAUCAGUCAUGGUAAUAUGGAUUAUCUGUUCUCUAAGACCUACCCAAAAAUGGAGGAUGGCUAUGGCUGUCUUUCAGGGCUUAUUCCUGCCUUGGAGCUGAUGGCACUGUAUGUGGCAGCUGCCAUGCAUGACUAUGACCAUCCUGGCAGAACCAACGCCUUCCUGGUGGCCACCAGUGCUCCGCAGGCGGUGCUGUACAAUGACCGCUCAGUUCUGGAGAAUCACCAUGCUGCCUCUGCCUGGAAUCUGUUCAUGUCCCAGCCUGAGUACAACUUUCUGGCCAGCCUAGACCAUGUGGAUUUCAAGCGCUUUCGCUUUUUGGUUAUUGAGGCCAUUCUGGCCACUGACCUGAAAAAGCACUUUGACUUUUUGGCUGAGUUCAACGCUAAGGUGGGGCAUGAAGGUUGCUCAGGUAUUGACUGGUCCAAUGAGAAUGACCGGCUUCUGGUCUGCCAGAUGUGUAUCAAGCUUGCUGAUGUUAAUGGGCCACUGAAGCACAAAGAUCUUCAUCUUCAGUGGACAGAGGGCAUUGUCAAUGAGUUUUAUGAGCAAGGUGAUGAGGAGGCCAGCCUGGAUUUACCCAUCAGCCCAUUCAUGGACCGUUCAGCCCCCCAGCUAGCCAAGUUGCAGGAGUCUUUCAUCACACACAUCGUCGGGCCGCUCUGCAGCUCCUAUGACACAGCUGCCCUCAUGCCUGGCCGGUGGGUGGAGCCUCAGCCCAGUGAGGCUGAAGAAGGAUCUGGUGUGGAGGAGACUGAUGAAGAUGAAGAGGAGGAAGAAGAAGAAGACACAACAGAGGAAGAUGCCUCGACCAACUCGGAUCAGUCUCAGAAACUGAUGCCCAAAAUGCGACAGAAAGUCUUCUGUCAGAUCACCCAGUACCUUCUGGAGAAUUAUGAAAUGUGGAAGAAGGUCAUCGCUGAGGAGGCCCAAAGCCAAACAAAGCCAAACAAAGCCUCUGACCCAAUCCUGGCUAUACAUGAAGAGGAGGAGGAGACAAUAAGCAAAGACAAGCCAACAGAGGACCAGGAGCAAAAAACAGAUGGAGGAGAGAUAUGGCCAGCAGAGGAGCCGCGAUAUGAGGCAUCAACAGAAGACGAACAGACUGAAUAAAGAAAAGUGAGGACACGACAAAGCAAAAGGAAGCAGUUAAGAAAUAUCAGGAAACUAAAAAAAAUCAAGACACAAGCUGUAGAAAAACGUGGAGAGGAAAAUACAGAAAUGGGAUGAGACUUCAGAGGAUUAGGAGAUAUGGAGUGAAAGAGUGAUUUAUCUAGUCUAGAAUAUUGUCACAAAGCCUUUAUUUCCAAACAAGACUCCUGAUAAAUGGUUGCCAGCACAUCACUAAGACACAACACUGUAGAUUCUUUAGGAUAACAAGUUUCUGUAGGAAACAGGGUGGCUCCGAGUGUCUUCGGAUAGGGUUUAUUAGCUAGACCCAAUAAAAUGUCAUUUCUAAAAUGAACAUGAAAAGGCUUUUUAUAAAACUCUAAUGGUGGCCACACCACCAAUUUAUGCUUAAGUUCCAAAACAACUUCCAUGACUAGGGUCUCAAUGAUCUGCACUUUUUAGUCUAUUCAUUUCAGCAAGUAUUUUAAGGACCCUGGUAUUAGACUGAUUCAAGAAUGUAUUCCAUCAUGAUACAACUAGCCCUUUUGAGCUCAUAGCAAUGUGAUGGGGAAGUACACGCUCCUUAAUCACUCAAAUACACCAUAAUCCAUAUGAAGGAAAGAAGGUUCAGGAAAUAGCAUGCACCUAAAAGACCACAUGUGUAACACUACUUAUCUAAUCUUUUUUUUUUUCCUUUUCUUUUUAAGUUAAAAGCAUCUGUCCUUUUCUUUUGUUUGCCACUUGAUUUCCUGUGGACGUUUCAUGCCUCCACGGGUUCACCACCUGCCUGUAGAGUUAGGCACCAUGACUUUGCAGGUGCACUAGUAAAUGUUCAAGUGUUUGUCCUUUUUAAUAUAAAUUACCUGUUACUUUAAAAAAAAAAAAAAAAAAAAAAAAAAAAACAUUUUUCAGGGUUGCGGUAGCUUUAGUUUGUGACGUGGCAUUCCUGUUUAUCAAGAUAUAACAGCACUGUAAAUACUGUGUAGCAUUUCUUCCUUUCGGAUUUUUAUUCUGCCAGUGCACAUUCGGGGGGGGGGGGGAACAGAAUCUCCUGUUUUGAUAGGGUUAGUUAGAAAAACGCUACAUGCAUAGUCACUACAUACUAGAGCUCCAGUUCUAUUCAAGUUCAUACCUGUGUUUUUGUAUGAUGUGAUUCUUUGAAGAUGAAGUAUGCAAUGCAGUUAUUUUGCUUAUUAUAACCGAAGUAAAUCAAUCCCACGUCCUAUAGUUAGGAGACAGCAUGUAUUUAAUCCUGGUAUUCGUGCCAUUUCAGCCUUCUGUGUAUUUGACCCACAUGUUUGAAUUGGCAGUUGAAUCCUGCUGAAUCUUAGAUCUGUUGGUCGUUUUAUGCAUCUUGAGUAGCAAGUAUACAGUAUAUAUCCAUAUAGGGAUUAUAUACACAGAAAUGCAAAUGUAAAUGCACCCAAAGAUUUCAACCUGAUUGUUUUUCUGAGUUUGCCUCAAUGCUGGUAUGGUUCCAUUUUUUGUUAUAGGUUUUAAUACAGAAAGCAAACAGCUUUCGAAAAGUUCCAAAAAUCAAAAACAAAUAUGAUGUGCUCUGCUUGAGGGCUAAAGAGCAAGCAUUCGUUAAAGUCAUGCACUCUCGCUAAACAAGGAAGGCCACUCAUACUCCAGUCAUCCGAUAGCUGCUAUGUCCUAGAGGAACUGCUAAGCCCCAUAUAGGCAUGAGACCUGGUGUAGCGACGCAUGCAAGAGGGCAGUUCACUAAAACAACUACAGCACUGGUGUGUGCUGCCUGUGCUGCCUUAGACACAGGGACGAAGAGAGAAGCAGAUUGAUUGUGACUGCAGUUCAGGGAUAGAUAAUGCAGUCUGAUGUUCUUGUAUGGACGUAAUCAGCUUGCGCCUGAUGCUACUGUGCCAUAAUUUAGAAGGGGUGCUAAUUAAAUUUGUAGUAAUUGUAGAAUUCCCCACUUCAAUUUGCAGCAUAAUGUACGCUUUCUUAUCAACAGCCAGCACAUCAAGCAAUACUGACACAUACUGUAGACUGAUGGUAGUUUUUAAUGAUUGCCAUCAUAUUAUUAUGAAGUUGGGCAUAAUAUAUAUUUUUUCACAGUGCAGCUGUUUGUGCCAAAUAUUUCUUCAAUAAACAACUGCGUUGUUGAAGCUUUUUAUGGUUAAUAAGGUCAGGUGUGCUUUCUCUGUGUGUGAGUGCAUGUUUGUAUGGAAUCAGGAUGAGUUCAUUUGGAAUCAAAGAAUUUUUUUUUUAAUAGUGCCCUGAAAGAAAAUACACCAAAAAAAACAUUUAGAUAAUUAAGAAAGAAAAAAAAACUGAGGACAUGACGCUUUUGGCACCAUGUUUUCUUCGUAUUUUUCAUUACUUUUUGAUAUAUAUAUCAAAACAGAAGGAGGACAGAGAGGAACGUUGUUUCUGAGUAUACUCAUUAGGCAGGUCUAUUUACAAGUAUACUACUAAGUACAAGUAUGUGUAAGUGUACAUAAGUGUAGCAGUUAAUGCCGCUGAAGAAUCUAGUCAUUAGGUCGGGUACACUGUACCCCAACCACAGGAAAUGUAUAUUGUGUAUGCUCAGAAAAAUAGAAUGGCAUUUAACAACAAUACAAAACAAUCAAUAAAACAAUUUAAUGACUUGCAAGUCACUUUAACAAAUAAGUCGUGCUGCCUAAGUGAUGCUACCAUUUAAUAGGCCUAGAAUUUAACGUUAAGUUUGGUUACAGAUUCAAUCUUUAUUUAAAAGAAAGAGAAGGACAACAAUUUGCCCUGUUAAAAACUGACUCACUGGUAAAAGGCAGUGAUGUCUGUGGUGUAAUAUUUGUGUGUGUGUGUGUGUGUGUGUGUGUGUGUGUGUGUGUGUGUGGUGGCGGCUCGAGCUGAUGAUGUGAAUCAUACUGUACAUUAUAUUCCUUCUUCUGUGGUUGUGAUUCAUCAGUCCUCACGCUUGUCAAUGACAAAACCGAAGUGACAAUUUAAAAAGAAAGAAAGCAAACACAAAGAGAAAUCAUGAAGUAAUGAGUCAUAUUAAAAAGUUAAACUAUGAGUAAUGACAGAGUGGCGUUGCAAACAUUGCGGAAAAAUGCAUCAAUUCCUAAGUCAUGUCUGCAAUAUCGAUAUAUAUUUUUUGUAGUACAGUGAGGCCUCGUCUUUGUGCUAUACUAUUUGACCAAAUGUUUUUGGACACCUGACCAUCACACCCAUAUGAGGGCCUUCCCAAAGUUGGUAGCACACAAAAAUGUGUGAAGGUUGGAAGAAGGUGGAAGAACUCGAGUGUCCUGCAAAUAUCCCUGACCUCAACCCCACUGAACACCUUUGAGAUGAACUGGAACUGGAGCUUCCUCACCCAACAUCAGUGCCUGACCUUGUAGCUGAGUGAACACAAAUCUGCACAGUCAUGCUCCAAAAUCUAGUGGAAAGCCUUCCCAGAAGAGUGAGCUUAUUAUAACAGCAAAAGGGGAAUAAAUCUGGAAUGGUACGCUCAGCAAGCACAUCUUCUGUGUGAUUGUCAGGUGUCCACAAACUUUUGGCCAUGCUAUUUUGGUAUGCUCUUGUUUGUCACCAUUAAAGACCUCAGUUUGACUCCAUAUGUAUGUGCUAAAACAUUAUAAAUGGCAAGGCAUAGGACUGUCUCUGUAAGUGUGACCUUAUAUGAAGACAUAUUUUAUUCAGCAAAUGCAGACUGAAACGUUCUGUAAAAUCAUAUGCAGAAACAGAUGUUAUCUGCUGUAAUCGAGCUACUUAGGGCAAUAUUCUCACAGAUCUUCCCAUUUAUUUUAGGCAUCUCAAUCUGUAAGGCUAACUUCACCAUAUGUUACUAGGACUUUCUGGUUGCGAGUAAACAAGGAAGUAUCACCUGCAUGUACUCUAUAGUCAUUCCGCAGUACAUCACGAUUCGUACUAUCCCGCUCCACUUUACAAAUUUUACCCUGUUAAAAUAAAUAGGUUAAUAUAGUAAAAUAAAAAGAUCACAUGAAGUAUUCCAAGCCUUCAUUAUCCCUUUAUAAAACUUCACAAUAAUGUACUUUAUUUAUUCACCAUCCCUUAAACACUCCCUCUUGGUGAGAUGACUUGGUGAUAUGUACUUCCAUAUGUAGUGACUCCACAGUAUUGUGACCUUGUUUGGAGUCUUCUGAUGGGUUAAGACAUUACGUUAUCACAUACCCAUGAUGUACUGUAGCAGCAUCCCUGAGUCCAUCAGACUGAGAUCAAGAUCAUUACUUAAUAUACUUAGAAUAAGGUCAUUCCUUUUAUCUCGUCAUUUUUCAGGUUAUUAUUUUUUUGUGUUUUUAGUUAUUGGCUUGAGAUCCGUGGUUGUCAAAACACAGCAGCAUUUUAAAUAUUCUGUAACACUUAUUUACAGAAUAUUUAAAAUGGGGGUGGGGGGGGGGUUAUAUGGUUCAGCAAUUUUCAUAAAGUCAUCAAAUCUCUCACUAUUUUAUAUGGGAAAUUUCUCUCGGAAGGUAAUUUAUUUAACAUAUUUGCAUACUAGAUACUAAAGGCUCAAUAAUUCCAGCUCUAAUUAAGCUGAUCUCUGUGUUUCGGUAUGAUUCUUUAAUGAUGAAGGGCACAAUAUAGCUGCUCCAUAUGCUCAUUCAUGUCCCAGCUAAUGUCUAAACCAUUCCCCUGGAAUUCCAUGUGGUACACUUAAGUAAAAGAGCAUGUAUUCAAUCAUGGCAUUGGUGCCAUUUUAGUCCUUUGUGUAUUUAACCUGAUUUAUUUUUUUUAACUGCAAAACUGAUCAAGAACUAUAAAGUUCCACGUAUGUAUCUUCAUUCAUGGAUCAUGCAUGUGAUUAGAUAGAGAAGGUAGGUAGACAGGGACAGAAUUUUGUUGUUUGUUUAUAUAAGCAUUAUAUUUAUUUCACUGUCCUGCAUGUGCCUUUUUGAUAACUGUUUAAAGUUCAGUUCAGUCAGAAUAUUGCAGCUUCUGUCCUUCUGUUGCAUUAUUAUCUGUAUUACACAAAUUCAUUACUCAUUUCUGUCUGGCAAGUUCAAUGUCCAGUGGUUACCGAAGAUGAAUGAAUGACUGAAUGAAUGGAUGAAAGGUUUGGUUUCCUGUUAAUACGUAUACGAUAUACACAGUGUUUAUAUUAUGGUGAAUCAGGGUAAAUAAAGCAUAGAUAUGCUGAAUUUAUCCAUCAUAGCCUUGGCACUGUCCAGUCACAACAACCUGUUUUGGUAAGGAGGCAUGUUCAUAUGAAAUCAUACAGUUGUUGACAUGGGAAACAUUUUAUCUGAUGCCUGAUUUUCUUUCACUGUCAUUUUUAUCCUUCUUGUUUGUCUUUUGUCAGUUUGCAAUUGUUGUCAGCCUGUUAUCUUAACCUAUAUGCAUCUGAUGGUGAUGGUCAUUGUGCACUCUUCUUUCACCAAAAGAAAUACAUAAGAUUCACACUCUCAACACAAUCAGUGAGACACGUUUUUAUAUGUGAUGGGUACCUCACUGGCCAAAAAAAAAUUGUUUUCUUCUCACUAGUAUGUUGCACUUAAGACAUGUAGCAAUACCUAUACAAAAGGGAGCUGUACAUUUCACCAGUAUUUGUGAAGUAAAAUAUUCAGUUUAUUGAUGUCUAUUGUUCCAUUUUGUACAAAACACGAUAUUGUUAAUGGAGGGCAUGGAGAAAACAAAAAUAACAAAUGUCUUUUGAAUAAACAUUAUUUAUUUUUAAUGUUUUAUAAUUUACUCACUAUCCUGUAGCUUCUCUAUGGGCAGAAAAUGCUGGAAGUGCCUCUUGGUAUAAUGUAUUAUACAAGAAAUAUAUACUGAUAUUAUUAGAAUUUGUCACAAUCUGAACAUUGUUUAUGUUAUGUGAAUACAGUUUAAUACUGUAUUAAAUGUUGUGAUAUUCA